AUGGAGCCAGAUAUCAUUAAAUCAGAAUUUUCACUGCCUCAAUGCGCCUUUAUCGACAUUCAAAUUACGUUUGGGAAUUCCCUUCUGACAGAAACGGAGCUUGUCAAAAACAUAACAGAUCCUCACCUUCUGUUUAACUGUGCUGGUGAAAUGCUAUUAGCUCCACUGAUAAGCCAUUUAAAAAUGCUUGGAUACCCAAUAGACUCUGCAAUGGUUUGGUAUUAUUCCCCUACCGCAAACGUAAAAGUUUACUGUGGGAACGACCCAUUGCCUUUCACAAUAGCAAUACCAUUAUUCGAGAUAAAAGAAAAUAGAUUGAUCAUUGUCUGUCAGGAACCUAUAAGAAAUAAAUUCGGGACCGUUAUAUCCUUAGGGUCAAACCCAAGCCAAAAAUCAAGGCCUGAGGAAGAGACUGCUUCUAAUGAUAAAUCGUCCAGAAGGACGAAAGAAAGGAAAAUUGGGUAUAUCAUCGAAAAAGUCAGCAAGUGGCGAAAACUGUAUAAUGGCUCAUCUGGGGCAGCUCCUACAGAUGAUCAAAGCAAAAUGACGCUGGAAGAAGCUGCAAAUAAAGUAGCGAUUUCAAAAAAAUCGCUAGACGAUUAUUUAUUACAGCUAAGGUUUGGAAGAAAGUUUGGAUUCAAUUUUCAGGAGCAUAAAGAUGAUAAAGUUGGGGUUUUAAGGGCUUAUGUAUUCCUUAUAAAUGAGAAUAAAUAAUUUAAAUUUUUUUAGGAGAAAAAUUAAUUUUUUUUAUUAUUAAAAAAUAUAAAAAAAUUCAAAAGCCUGCAUCCUUAUGCGAAAAAAAUUGAGAAUGGGGAAGAAGUGCCGCCAGAUGUGAUACAAAAGUUGCAGGAACCAGGGACACCUGCGUGUAAGCAUAAUAGAUGUUGUGCGCCAACUUAUGCUUUGCCGUUUAAAAAUAAAGAAAGCCAACAAAAUAAGACACCUAUGUAUCCAAAUUAUCAAAACUUUUAG